GGUAGACGUGGCAACAUUGUAUUAGCUUGUUUUGGAUUGCUGAGUGGUAGCCGUUCGGUAUACGAGCGUAAAAGUUAACAGAAGCUUUGCAGUGUGGCUUCAAUUUUUCUUCAUUUUAAUCGUUUCUAAAGCAUGUGCAUUAAAUAUCUUCACUCUACUACUUUAUCGUAACAGAAAAUUAUAACAUUUAAAACUUGAGUGAGAAAUGAUGGAACCAAUAACAACUCCCAUGAUGCAUAUAUCAGAAUCGAAAACUAUUUGCUCUUCAUUGUCCUGUACUACAAGUGAAAAUGAUGAGAUAGCAAAAAAGUUAGAAGAUGAGCUUUUAUAUGGUGUUGAGGAUGAUGCAGAUGAGGAAGAUGCUUUAUCUGAUGAUAGCUUGCGUUUGAGGCUAUCUGAUGAUGAAAUUGAUGGAGAUGAUAAUAAUACUGCCAUUUCCUGCCCUAUGAAUGAUCAACUUAAAUCAGUAAAGACUGAACCUCAAGCUGAUUGGUGUACAUCAAAAACUGGCGAAAAUUCAAAUGAAACAAAAAAUGAGAAAAGUGAAUCAAAUUCUAAUAACAUUAAUUUUACCGAAAUUAAUUUCAAAUUAUCUGAUGUUAAUACCGAAUCUGAUUCUUCAAAUCAAGAGCCAAAAACGAUUAUUGAAAAUUCAUGUGAAUCCAAAGUUCAGGAUCCAAUUAAGACUAUUACAGAUAAUAAUACUGAAAAUGUUUUACAAAAUCCUAAUGACUCGGAUGAAAAUACAUCUAAAAUACCAAUUAGUAUUACAAGUAAUGACAGUUUAAAUCUUCAAGAAAAUGAUUCAGAAAAAUUAGAAGAACAUCUUACGCCUGUCCAAAAAGUUGCUGAUGAUGUGAGUAAUGACUCUAAUGAAUCAAAUAUUAAAGAAGAUACAAGUAUUUUGAAUGAUGAUGAUCGAAUGAAAUUACCUCAAAACACUGAAAUUGAAAAUGAUCCGCCCGUACCAACUUCUACCACUAGUUUGGAAGAUGAUAACCAAAAAAGUAAAAACAAAGACGAUGAAAAACAAAAAGAAGACAGUGUUGUUAAAAAAACAUCUGACAGUAACAUUAUCGAUAAUAUUCCAAUAAAACAAGAGAUUCCAAGCCCAAAAUUAGAUUCGAUUGAAAAAACAAAUAAUAAACGGCGUUUAAGUGAAUCUGAUGGUGAUGAAGUUAGGAUGCAUAAUAAAGUUUUAUGUCAGGAAUUUGCAGAAAAUUCACCAAAACCUCUGACCAUGCAAGAAAAUGUAACAGUAAAAAUUUGUCAAGGACCAGAUGGAGUUUCUGAACUUGAAAAAAUAAUGGAAUCAGAAGGAAAAAGCAUAUCUGAUGAAAAUAGUCUUAAAAAUAAUUUUCUUAAUAAUGAUUCAUGCAGUAUAGACAUGGAAAAUACCACUUUUUCCUUAAAAACUUCUGUAGAAGAUGAAAAUGAUAAGAAUGACGAACACGUGGAAAAAGAAGGUGAAAUUGAUAAAUCGCAUGGGGAAUCUAUUAAAGGUAAACGACGGAGAAAAAGAAGAAAAACUAUUUCACCUAAUAUGAUCAAUCAAUUUCCGAUACACCUUCAAAUACAAGAGAAAGAAAAUGUUCGUCAGAAACGUGAAACUGCUCAAAAAGCUCAAGAAAUGAUUAGAAAACUUAAUAACGAUAGUGAUUCAGAUAGUGACGAAAGAACAAGUAAGAUAUCUUAUAAAAGCCGAAAUUCUCAUUCACAAUCAUUAUCUUCACCGACAUUGAAAAGAAAUCUUUUUGAAAAUGAGGAAGGUUUCGAUGGGACAUCUAAAAAACCGAAAAAUAAUGUUGGGGCCAAAUAUGCCGAUACCAUUGAAGCUGUAGCAAGUGAAAACAAACAAACUUUAGAACAUGUACGGAAAUUCUUUUUAAGAGACGCUAAACAAAAAUUAGCAAAACUAACUCAAGAGCAACUUGAAGAGAUCUUAAUUCAAAAAGUAAUUGAAACAAUAACAAUGCGUGAUGAAAUAGGAAGAUUGCGAGAACAAGCUAGAAUAUCUGAAAGAAAUCAAGAAGCAACAAGACUCAAAUGUCAACAAUUGGCGAAACAAAUAAAAGACUUUGAAAUGGUAUUAACUCGUUUUGCUGCCGAUCGUCGUUCAAAUGAAAAAACGGCUACACCUAUUAAAAUAAAUAGAUCAGUAGGACUUCAAGUGAGCUUUGUUACGGAAAAUGGAAUCCAAAAUUUAAGACAAUUAAAUAACAUGAAAUCUAAUUCAUUACCAAAUGGAGUAAAUACACUUGUUAAACCAAAUGAUGAAUUAGCAACAAGAAAAGGAAUUAAAGUUCGAUCACCAAGAAGACCGGAAAUUCCAGUAUCAACUCCAGUCACAUCUAUUUCAACAGUUCCUGCUUCAGUUACAGUAAAUUCGUCUCUAUCAGCUGGGUCAUUAUCGUCUCGAGGAUUGGUUAUUACGAAAGCUGUCGAUCCUCGCCAACCCGUACUCACUACCAUAGCACCUUCAGUAGUUAAUCAACAACUACCAAAUCAAGCACUUACGUUGAAUGUUCAUGGAGUUUCAAUUCACCGAAAUAACCCAAAUCAUCAAACAAAAGUACUCAAUGUUCAUAGUAACGAUAACAACAGUAGUAGCAGUGAUAAUACUAGUAAUAGUAACAGUAAUAUUAGCACUUCUAUCAACAAUAGUGGUGUUAAUAGUAAUAUUAAUACUAGUACUACCAAUAACAAUAGUGCAAAUCUCAUUGACCUUACAGAAGAAGAAGAGAAAAAUAAAGUUCCUACAGAUCCACCGCCGUUGUCUACUAUCUCGGUACAAGCAAAAGAUCAUCCAACAGUGUCAAACGCUACACCACGCUAUCCAAGGAUAGUCCAACCAGCUCCUGCUAAUGUAACUCUCUCACAAUCUGCCAUCAAAGUUAUUCAACCCACGGAUAAACCUACUCCAACGGCUUUAGUAAACAAUAUGUCUGCAUCUCCUCGAUUAACCUUAGUAAUGAAAGGAGGAACUGGACAGCCUCAAUUAUUUAUAGCUAAUACGAAUCAAAUUCGACCAGUAGUAAGCACAGCCCCAAGACCACCAUUUUCUGGAAUUACUUAUUCAGGUGUUGUUUCGGGUCAAACAAUAUCAAAUGGAACAACACAGGUACGUGUUGUUCCAGCGUCAAAUGUAACAGCCGCACAAAAGCUCAAGCAUCCUGCAGCUCUUCCAGCACCACAAAAAUAUCCCAUGAUACCUAGUUUAAAGCUGCCACCUCCUGCUCCUUCGUUGAAGAUAUCUAAAGCUCCAAAUGGAAUUGUUUUAUCUUGGAAUAUGGCUUUAUCUGAUAAAUAUGCAGAGAUAGCUAGUUAUCAAUUAUAUGCCUAUCAAGAAGUUACAGGAAUGGUACCUCGCUCAACAUUGUGGAGAAAAGUAGGUGAUGUUCGAGCUUUAGCACUGCCAAUGGCUUGCACAUUAACUCAAUUUACAGAAGGAAAUACUUAUUACUUUGCGGUCAGAGCUGUUGAUACACAUUCCAGGGUUGGAAGUUACAGCCGACCCGGAAGCAUUUUUUUGUAAUAUUAAUAAAUAAUUAAUUUAAUUAUCUCGAA